AUGGUAUUCUUCAUCCCCCGUCUGGCCUCUCGUUCUUCUUCUUCUUCUGCCCUCCUCCCUUCCCUACUACGAUCCUCCCUUUCGAUCCCUCGUCCCGCUGCUACUCGGCUUCUCUUCCAACAAACCCGCCUGCUAACGACGCAACGUGAAAAGGUCAAAGUACUUGCCGUUCUGUACGAUGGUGGGAAGCACGCUGAGGAGGUCCCCGGCCUCCUAGGCACCACCGAGAACGAGCUCGGAAUCCGCAAGUGGCUCGAGGACCAGGGCCACACUCUGGUGACGACUUCUGACAAGGAGGGGGAGAACUCUACUUUUGACAAGGAGUUGGUCGACGCCGAGGUUAUCAUUACUACUCCAUUCCACCCCGGCUACCUCACCGCCGAGCGCCUCGCCAAGGCAAAGAAGCUCAAGCUCGCCAUCACGGCCGGCAUCGGCUCCGACCAUGUCGACCUCAACGCCGCCAACAAGACCAACGGCGGUAUCACGGUUGCCGAAGUCACCGGCUCCAACGUUGUUUCCGUUGCCGAGCACGUCGUCAUGACCAUCCUUGUUCUUGUCAGGAAUUUCGUCCCCGCUCACGAGAUGAUUGAGCAAGGUCGUUGGGAUGUUGCCGAGGCGGCCAAGAAUGAGUUUGAUCUCGAGGACAAGGUCGUCGGUACCGUGGCUGUUGGCCGCAUCGGUGAGCGUGUGCUCCGCCGCCUCAAGGCGUUUGACUGCAAGGAGCUUCUCUACUACGACUACCAGCCUCUGAGCCCUGAGAAGGAGAAGGAGAUUGGCUGCCGCAGGGUGGACUCGCUCGAGGAGAUGCUUGCGCAGUGUGAUGUUGUCACAAUCAACUGCCCUCUUCACGAGAAGACCAAGGGAUUGUUUAACAAGGAUUUGAUUGCCAAGAUGAAGCCUGGCUCAUGGCUCGUCAACACUGCCCGUGGCGCCAUUGUCGUGAAGGAGGACGUCGCCGAGGCGCUCAAGUCUGGCCACCUCCGCGGCUAUGGCGGUGAUGUCUGGUUCCCCCAGCCCGCUCCUGCCGACCACGUACUGCGGACGGCCAAGAACCCCUUUGGUGGUGGCAACGCCAUGGUCCCCCACAUGUCUGGUACUUCGCUCGAUGCCCAGAAGAGGUACGCUCUCGGCACCAAGUCCAUCUUGGAGAGCUACCUGUCGGGCAAGUUCGACUACAAGCCUGAGGAUCUGAUUGUACACGGCGGUGAUUAUGCCACCAAGGCUUAUGGUGAGCGGGCCAAGCUUGUCAAGAAGGAUGUCGCUGGUGCGUAA